UUUGAACUUCGAACCCCGGGAGCAGUAUAAAAGCCAGCGCUGUUAGUCUUUGGUCACCAUCAACAUGAGGGUCUUCGUGGUGCUCGCUCUCGUUGCGGCUGCUGCCGUCCAGUCGGACGCAGGAGGCAUGUCUGAUGCCCAGAAGCAGCAUGACGUCAACUUCCUGCUUCACAAGAUCUAUGGGGAAAUCCGUGACUCUAAUCUAAAAGCUAAGGCUGAUUCCUUUGACCCGGAAGCCGAUUUAUCCCACUACAGUGAUGGUGGUGCAGCUGUACAGAAACUUAUGAGAGACCUUAAGGAUGACAGGCUUCUCGAACAGAAGCACUGGUUCUCUCUCUUCAACCCAAGACAACGUCAGGAAGCACUCAUGCUUUUCGACGUUUUCAUUCACUGCAAGGAUUGGGAUACAUUUGUCAGCAACGCUGCCUACUUCCGUCAGCGUAUGAAUGAAGGAGAGUUUGUCUAUGCCCUGUAUGUUGCAGUCAUCCACUCACCUCUGGCUGAACACGUUGUACUUCCUCCACUCUAUGAGGUCACACCUCAUCUCUUUACUAACAGUGAAGUCAUUGAAGCAGCGUAUCGUGCCAAGCAGACACAGACCCCUGGUAAAUUCCAGUCUUCCUUUACUGGAACAAAGAAGAACCCUGAACAGAGAGUAGCCUAUUUCGGAGAGGACAUUGGAAUGAACACUCACCACGUUACCUGGCACAUGGAAUUCCCAUUCUGGUGGCAAGACAGUUACAGUCAUCACUUGGACCGCAAAGGAGAGAACUUCUUCUGGGUACAUCAUCAACUUACCGUUCGCUUUGAUGCCGAACGUCUCUCCAAUUACUUGGAUCCCGUCGACGAACUUCACUGGGAUAAAACCAUCGUACAAGGAUUUGCUCCACACACCACUUACAAGUAUGGCGGUCAGUUCCCCUCUCGUCCAGAUAAUGUAAACUUCGAGGAUGUGGACGGUGUUGCUCGCAUUCGAGACUUGCUUAUUAUCGAGAGCCGAAUUCGCGAUGCUAUUGCCCACGGUUAUAUUGUCGAUAAGGCUGGCAAUCACAUUGACAUCAUGAAUGAGCGUGGAAUCGACGUCCUUGGAGAUGUUAUUGAAUCAUCUUUGUAUAGCCCUAACGUCCAGUACUAUGGAGCUUUGCACAAUACUGCUCACAUUGUACUUGGUCGACAGAGUGAUCCUCAUGGAAAGUACGCUUUACCCCCUGGUGUACUAGAACACUUUGAAACUGCCACCCGUGAUCCUAGCUUCUUUAGGCUACACAAAUAUAUGGAUAAUAUUUUCAAGGAACACAAGGACAGUCUUCCUCCUUACACCACAGAAGAACUAACAUUUGCCGGUGUAAGUGUAGACAAUCUAGCAAUUGAAGGCGAACUAGAGACCUACUUCGAGGACUUCGAAUACAAUCUUAUUAACGCCGUCGAUGACACUGAACAAAUUGCAGAUGUAGACAUUUCUACUUAUGUGCCUCGUCUCAACCACAAGGACUUUGAUUUCAAAAUUGAUGUUAGCAAUAACAGGGGCGAGGAAGUUCUAGCUACCGUGCGCAUUUUCGCCUGGCCUCACUUCGACAACAAUGGUAUCAAGUUCACCUUCGACGAGGGCCGUUGGAAUGCCAUUGAACUUGAUAAAUUCUGGGUUAAGUGUAAGUACUAUGUAUAUAUUAUUUUAUUUCAAAAUUCUAUUAUUAUUAUUAUAAAAUCAUCCUACGCUCAUAUAUCUUAAUUCUCUCCAUAAAGU